CUUUUCUUCGUUCUACCUUUUUAUCCCGAGUGUCAAACACGUCCUAAGGACUUCAGAUCAACGCAACAGCCCCCUUUCCCAAUUUAAAAAAUAAAAAAUAUAUAUAUGAUUAAAAAUAGCAGUAUAUGAGUAUAAAUAGAUAUACUCUGUAGUAGUAUCAAUAAUUUUGCCUGUAACUUAUGUAAUUCUAUAAAAAUUGGGAUCAAAUUAGAAAGUUUAGAUUUUUAAAAAGGCAUCGAUCAGGAUGUCCAGCGCCGCCGGCGGCGGCGGCUACUGUCGGAGCUAUAGAGAGAUCACAUGGGACGCCGGCGCCGGUGCCGCUGCAGGUGCAAUAGCUGCCACAUUUGUAUGUCCAUUGGAUGUAAUUAAAACAAGAUUGCAAGUUUAUGGAUUGCCUGAAAUGGCUCGUUCUGGUCAUAGAGGCAGUGUCAUUAUUACAAGCCUACAAAAUAUAGUACGAAAUGAAGGUUUCCGGGGAUUGUAUCGGGGCCUUUCACCCACAUUAGCCGCAUUACUUCCAAAUUGGGCAGUAUACUUCUCUGUUUACGGACAUCUCAAAAGCCUGUUGCAUUCACAUGUGGAUAGCAGUGGUCAGUCAACAAUUGCUGCAAAUGUGAUUGCUGCUUCUGGUGCUGGGGCUGCAACAGCUGUUGCAGCAAAUCCCUUGUGGGUUGUUAAGACCCGACUCCAGACACAGAGAAUGAGGCAGGGUGUGGUUCCUUACCAUGGCAUAUUAUCUGCUUUGAGACGAAUAGCACAUGAAGAAGGAAUUCGAGGAUGGUACAGUGGCCUUCUUCCAUCUUUAGCUGGGAUAAGUCACGUGGCAAUCCAAUUUCCGGCAUAUGAACAUUUGAAGGCCUACUUGGCAAAAAGGAAUAGCAAAAAAAUCAAUGAGCUGAGACCUGGGGAGGUUGCAAUUGCCUCUUCAAUGUCUAAAGUUGUUGCCUCUUUAAUGACUUACCCACAUGAGGUUGUGCGUUCCAGGCUGCAAGAGCAAGGCCGACUAAGGAACCCUGAGAUCCAUUAUGCAGGUGUUAUAGAUUGCAUUAAGAAGAUUUUCCUUAGAGAGGGUCUUCCUGGGUUUUACCGUGGCUGUGCAACUAAUCUUUUGAGAACAACUCCAUCUGCGGUUAUUACUUUUACAUCUUAUGAAAUGAUACAUAGAUUUUUGCAGAGUGCUAUUCCUCCAGCAGAGAGGCGUUCAAAAGCACAACCUAAACCUGAUAGCAAUAUUGAUUCCCAGAAUAGUACUGCAGGAAAUGAAGCUAAGAGCAGUGUUUCAGAUCAAUCUCAAAAUACAUCUAACCAAAGAACUUUUAUUCCUUUGGCAACUCCUGACAAGCUAACAACUAGACAGUGAUUAUAACCUCUUUAAAACCGAGGUUCCACAAAAUUAAGUGGGUUUUUGUUGUUAUUUAUAGGGAGAUCACUACGAGAAGUGAUCUCGUUUUUGUACUUCUCAGCUAGUUACCGCAAGAGCUUGUUUGUUGUAUUUGUUUGGUGGCUUCGUCUUCUUUCGUGUAAAUUUUCCUUUUUGUUGGAGGAUUCCAAGUUCCAAUACGAAAAAAAAUGGAUUUAUUUUUUCUUG